GCCCUUCCACCAUGACGCAGCAGGAAGGCCUCACCAGAUGCAUCCCCUCCAUCUUGAGCUUCAGAGAAUCCAGAACCAUGAGCCAAAUUAAUUUCCUUUCUUUAUAAAUGACUCAAUAUGUAGUAUUGUUAUAGCAGCAGACAACAGACUAACACAGGAGCUAAGCAGAAGAAUUUCUGAGAAACAAGGGGAGUGUAGCCAAUUACAGAGAAAGAACAGUAACUUCUGUGAAGUCGAGGGCACCCUGGACAGGUCUAUGACUUAGAAGCAUAGGACAUUGUUUACCCAGCCCUAAGGAGUCACAGUGCUGGGGCAGAAAGGCAAGCCCAAUAGGCAGGGUGAAAGAAGUUCUAAAAUAUCCAGCUCUGCUUGGGUAAGAAAGGCUAGGAGCCUGAUGACAGAGAGAAUUAAAUAACACUAGUAAAUAAUAUAAAAUAUUUUAAAGAUGUAAAAUGCUGUAAGUUAUUUUAGUAACAUAAAAUGUAAUAAGCAUGUUCUGAUGGCUUUAGUGAGCAAAUGAACAAACGGCCUUGGCAAAGGAAGAAAUAUCAGGGGUACACAGGAGCCAAAGGUUACACUGUACUUUACAAACAGCAGAUUUCAACAAGGGGAAAUCAAUGAUAUUAAAUGCUGCAAAGAGGGUCGGGAAAUAGGAUAACUGAGAAAAAGACAACAGACUUAGAAAUUAGGUCCCUGACAGCUUCUGAGAAGUGUGGAUUUUUAAUGAAAAAAAACUUUGGCCACUUCAAGACAACAAACGCUCACUGGGCAAAACACCUUCAUUGAAAAGAGACCUCAUAUUAUGCAAAAAAAAAUCUUAAAAGCUUGUUCCUUUAGAGUGUUCCUUUAAGAUGAAGAAAUCUGUCCUGGCAUGAGCCUCUGCUGUAUCAAACCAGACAGUGGCACAGGGUAGCAGAGGCACCCAACCAGCAUGUCUAAAACCUUCCAUCCUGAACUGGAGGCUCAUCUGCAAUUGCAUCAAAACUGCCAAAAUAGCAGUGUUUGGGGAAAGGGCGCAGGAGCUUGUAGUAGUGGAAGAGACAAACAAACAGCUGGAGAGAGGAGUGUUGAUAGGAGAAAGACACAGGAUGAUAAGCACACACUCAACCCACCCCAAACCAGGCUCGGAAAGUUGAGGUUUCCUAAGGAAAGUGACAGCUAAGCUGAGGCCUCGAGGAUGAAGAGAAGUUAGCCAGCCAAGAAGCCCUCUGCCUUCAGAAGUUACAAGAUGAUCAAUUCAACCUCCACACAGCCUCCAGAUGAAUCCUGCUCUCAGAACCUCCUGAUCACUCAGCAGAUCAUUCCUGUGCUGUACUGUGUGGUCUUCAUUGCGGGAAUCCUACUCAAUGGAGUGUCAGGAUGGAUAUUCUUUUACGUGCCCAGCUCCAAGAGUUUCAUCAUCUAUCUCAAGAACAUUGUUAUUGCUGACUUUGUGAUGAGCCUGACUUUUCCUUUCAAGAUCCUUGGUGACUCAGGCCUUGGUCCCUGGCAGCUGAACGUGUUUGUGUGCAGGGUCUCUGCCGUGCUCUUCUAUGUGAACAUGUACGUCAGCAUUGUGUUCUUUGGGCUCAUCAGCUUUGAUAGAUAUUAUAAAAUUGUAAAGCCUCUUUGGACUUCUUUCAUCCAGUCAGUGAGUUACAGCAAAUUCCUGUCAGUGAUAGUAUGGAUGCUCAUGCUCCUCCUUGCUGUUCCAAAUAUUAUUCUCACCAACCAGAGUGUUAGGGAGGUUACACAAAUAAAAUGUAUAGAACUGAAAAGUGAACUGGGACGAAAGUGGCACAAAGCAUCAAACUACAUCUUCGUGGCCAUCUUCUGGAUUGUGUUUCUUUUGUUAAUCGUUUUCUAUACUGCUAUCACAAAGAAAAUCUUUAAGUCUCACCUUAAGUCAAGUCGGAAUUCCACUUCGGUCAAAAAGAAAUCUAGCCGCAACAUAUUCAGCAUCGUGUUCGUGUUUUUUGUCUGUUUUGUACCCUACCAUAUUGCCAGAAUCCCCUACACAAAGAGUCAGACCGAAGCUCAUUACAGCUGCCAGUCAAAAGAAAUCUUGCUGUAUAUGAAAGAGUUCACUCUGCUACUAUCUGCUGCAAAUGUAUGCCUGGACCCUAUUAUUUAUUUCUUUCUAUGCCAGCCAUUUAGGGAAAUCUUAUGUAAGAAAUUGCACAUCCCAUUAAAAGCUCAGAAUGACCUAGACGUUUCCAGAAUCAAAAGAGGAAAUACAACACUUGAAAGCACAGAUACUUUGUGAGUUCCUACCCUCUUCCAAAGAAAGACCACGUGUGCAUGUUGUCAUCUUCAAUUACAUAACAGAAAUCAAUAAGAUAUGUGCCCUCAUCAUAAAUAUCAUCUCUAGCACUGCCAUCCAAUUUAGUUCAAUAAAAUUCAAAUGUAAGUUUCCAUGCUUUUUUGUAACAUCAAAAAAAACAUACCCAUCAGUAAUUUCUCUAAUACUGACCUUUCUAUUCUCUAGUAAUAAAAAAUUAAUACAUAUAAUUAUUCAAUUCUAUUAUAUUAAAAUAAGUUAAAGUUCAUAACCACUAGUCUGGUCAGUUAAUGUAGAAAUUUAAAUAGUAAAUAAAACAUGACAUAAUCAAAGACAACUCACUCAGGCAUCUUCUUUCUCUAAACACCAGAAUCUAGUAUGUAAUUGUUUUCAACACUGUCCUUAAAGACUAACUUGAAAGCAGGCACAGUUCGAUGAAGGGCUAGAGAGCUGUUUGCAAUAAAAAGUCAAGGUUUUUUCCUGAUUUGAAGAAGCAGGAUAAGCAGACACGCAGACAAUCACUUAAGAAACCCCUUAUUAAUUUAUUUCAUGGCACUGCAAAGGAAAAGGAAUAUUAAUUGUAUACUUAGCAAGAAAUUUUUUUUUUCUGAUAGCACUUUUGAGGAUAUUAGAUACAUGCUAAAUAUGUUUUCUACAAAGACUUACGUCAUUUAAUGAGCCUGGGGUUCUGGUGUUAGAAUAUUUUUAAGUAGGCUUUACUGAGAGAAACUAAAUAUUGGCAUAUGUUAUUAGCAACUUCCCCUGUUCAAUAGUACGGGAAAAAUAAGAUGACUGGGAAAAAGACACACCCACACCAUAGAACAUAUGUUAUUCUAUUGGUGAAUGGGAAAGGAGACCAUUUUCUUAGAAAGCAAAUAAACUUGAUUUUUUUAAAUCUAAAAUUUACAUUAAUGAGUGCAAAAUAACACAUAAAACGAAAAUUCACACAUCACAUUUUUCUGGAAAACAGACGGAUUUUACAUCUGGAGACAUGGCAUAUGGUUACUGGCUUAUGAGCUACCAAAACUAAAUUCUUUCUCUGCAUUAACUGGCUAGAAGACACUCAUCAUUUUUCAAAUGUUCUUCCAAAACAUUUUUAUAAGUAAUGUUUGUAUCUAUUUCAUGCUUUACUGUCUAUAUACUAAUAAAGAAAUGUUUUAA